AUGCGAUGUUCUUCGGUGUCGGCUAGUCUUCUCUUCAUUUCUAGUUUGUUUUCAAUUCCCAAUGUUUUCACUUACUCUGCACAUAUCGAAGAUCCAUCAAGAAUUGGUUUGUUUUUCACCCAAGUCUACAUAAUUUGAAGACAAUUUUUGCAGAGCUUGACAUGUUUGACUGGACCGCCGGUCUCCGGGUAGCCUAUUGCGUCGACUCGCCUCUUCCCGAUCUCAUUUCUCCUUUCCGCCGUACAAUGGCUAAAGUUGUGACGAAGUAUUGCCAGAAUGCAACUGCUUGCAAUCUGAGAAGCUCGUUAGUUGGACACCGAUUGACAGAAAAUCAAUGGGAAACUUUUAUUUUUCAGAUUAGUGUUUGGGCCUGAGCAAAUCGUGAUUCUGGAAGGAUUUCCGAGAAGAGAAUCACUGACCAUUCAGAUUAAGUUUUUCAUAUUAUUACCGCAUUCGUCGAAUCCAAAUUUGCGUCAACAGAGACCCUUUCUACCGAGACAAGUGCUUUCUGGUGGGAGCAGAACCAUAGAGAUCUGUGAAUUCGAGAAAGUUACAGAUAUUCUGAGAAAACAUCAUCAGGAAAUAGCAAACCGAUUGGGAUGGCAUAUACUUGCAUAUGAAAGGUGAAACAUUAAAGGACCAGGGAACCCAAAAAUUUUUUUAUGUUUUUGUGAAAUGUUUUUGUGACUGUUUGAAUUGUCUCUUAUUGCCUCAUACACUGGUGAAAUGCUGCCUCUCAAAAACGCCAAUGAACGAAACGGCAUGCAGUUGAAGUUGUGGCCGUGGCCUAGCGCCAAUGACCGAAAAAAAUAUAAAAAAAUAAAUGCGCUUCUCGGCCAUUUUUAUUUUUUUCCGCUUUUUACCGGUUUUUUUCCAAAAAAAUUCACGGUUUCUCCCAUUUUGGCACUUCAUAUCGACUGAAUGAAAACAAUUUUUUAGCAGUGAAAAAAUAAGUAAGUGCCGAACAAAUGUCAAUCAACUGAAAAAUGGGAGAAACCGUGAAUUUUUGGAAAAAAACCGUUAAAAAAGCGGAAAAAAUAAAAUGGCCGAGAAGCGCAUUUAUUUUUAUAUAUUUUUCGGCCAUUGGCGCUAGGCCACGGCCACAACUUCAACUGCAUGCCGUUUCGUUCAUUGGCAUUUGAGAGGCAGCAUUUCACCAGUGUAUGAGGCAAUAAGAGACAAUUCAAACAGUCACAAAAACAUUUCACAAAAACAUAAAAAAAUUUUUGGGUUCCCUGGUCCUUUAAAUUGGUUGUAAAAAAAAAACAAAUUUUUAGGUAUCCUCGGUUUGACAGUAUGACAGAGUUCAUGAACAUUGCCAUCAUUCCCAUAGUUAUCGUUUCUCUACCUCUUAUGGUUUUUCUAGCUUAUUGGGUAUCAACCCUUCGGUUUGUUUCCUCAAAACUUUUCCGGUUCAUUUUUAAGUUUUUAGACCGAAUUCCGGAUCAGACACCUGGAUGGUUACCGGUUCAGCCGGAGGAAAGAAUGCAGCGCUUCGGAGGACAAUGGAGAUAAUCGCGGAACAGAACGAAGAAUACGAACGUCAGCAGAGAUACGCAUUAACGAAACAUGUUGUGGCCACGAGCGGACACGAGGGCAUCACCGCAACCGGAGAGUUAUUGCUGAAUGUGGCGAGGUCCGUGACAAAACGGAUCUAUUUGUGAAGUCCGUCAUUUCCAGAUUGUCCAUGGCCUCUUCUCAACCUCCGAUGUCCAGUUCUUCGGCCCAGUCGCCCACAAUCUUUAUCCAACCAGGCAGUUCCAGUUCCUCCUCUGCUCCUCGAGCAUCCAUAGCAUCACUACACGGAAAAGAGCUGCUUCACGUCAAGCCCAGGUAUACCAAUUGAUAAAACGGAUACGUCCGGCGGGUUCAACUCUUUCUCUCAUACAUCAUCUCUGACAACGCAUUUGUUUUAUGAACACCCUCCCGCAGUGACGGCGAAAUUUUUACACUUUCAAUCACUUUUUACGCGGAGAAAUGAGAAACGGCCGAUCAGACUGAUGAGAGAGAGAGAGAGAGAGAAAGUGAUUCGUAAGAAGGCAUGUCAAGAGAAAAGUGCAAAGGUGAUUCGCAACUUUGACACUGGAUACUUCUCAAUGACAUGGCUUUCUUUCUCUCAGACUUAUCAUUGGGGUUAGGUAACCAGUCGGCAUAUUGCGGUCAUUGUCAUUCAUUUCUUAAUCAGUUUACAGACAUUCGCGUCGUCCUUCUUCUGUGGAGGAAAUCAAAAAAGCGAGACGCAUGCGCGGUCAUCGAAAGUCGGAAUCCAAGCAGUGGAAGUCGGGAAGUCUGAUGUUGGCCGGAUUCCGAAGAACAUAA